UUUCACGGCGAGGAGUUCACAGGAUGAAAAUUAAAAGGUGGAGAUGAAGCACCUGUAAUCUCUGAAAGCCAGAGUCGGAAGUGAACCAUGAAAUUCGCCACUGUGGCCUUUUACGGGUUGGCUCUGGGGCUUCUGGCGGUUGGCCUGCGAGAGUUGCUGACUGGCUUCGAGGAGAACAGAUGCAGUAUGACAUACAUGUUUGAAUACCCAGAAUAUCGGCGUGUGGCUCUGCCUCGCCGCGUGGCCAGACUCUACCCAGCGUACGGGCUCUACCUCUACGGGGAGGGUCUGUACGCCCAGGAGACCCGAUCACUCAAACUCACCGGUGCCCCUGUGCUCUUCCUGCCUGGAAAUGCAGGCAGUUACAAACAAGCUCGCUCUCUGGGCUCUGUGGCCUUGAGGAAGGCUGAAAACAUGGAGGGAGGUCUCCACUUCAACGUGUUCACCGUGGACUUCAAUGAGGAGCUGGUGGCCCUUUACGGCGGCAGCUUGCUCAGGCAGACGCACUUCCUGCAUGAGAGCAUUAAGGCCAUCCUGAGGCUCUACAAGCACCUGAAGACCCCCCCACAGAGUGUGGUGCUUGUUGGUCACUCCAUGGGAGGAGUGGUGGCCCGGGCGCUGUACACUCUGCCCCGCUUCAACACCAAUCUGGUCAGCCUCAUCAUCACCCAGGCCUCCCCUCACCUGGCUCCAGUGCUGGCCCUGGACCCAUACCUGCUGGAUUUCUACUCUGCGGUGAGACAGAAGUGGGUGAACCAGGCGAACAAGCUCAGGAACGUCACGGUUCUCUCUGUUGGGGGUGGUUACCGCGACUACCAGGUCCGCUCCGGCCUGACGUCCCUCCCUUGUCCCCCAGGAGACCCUAACAAGUUGUCACUGGUGGUAACUGCAGUUCCCAAGACCUGGGUGUCCACCGACCAUCUGUCCAUUGUUUGGUGCAAAGAGCUUGUUCUUGCUACUGUCAGGGCGUUCUUCGACCUCAUCAAUCCUGAAACCAGACAGUUCACAGAAAACCCAGAGGAGAAACUGUCUGUACUAAACCACCACUUCAUCAGACAUCCUGUCAGACUGUUGGGAGAAACUCAAGACUCCUCCAUUUCCAUCUCAGAUUUUCCUGAAGCAUGGAGUGAAGUUAACACACUGCGUCUGGCUUACAGCACACCCAAGGACGGGCAGGUCAAAUACUUUCUGUUUGCCCUGUCGAGUCGCAGGAAAGCUUACACCCAUUUCUACUGCAGGAGCAACAACCUGGAUAUGACGAGCUGGGUGUACGGCUGCACGCACAAGAACGGUUCUUCAUGUGUGCAUGCGGAGGAUCUGUCCAUGGAAACGGAGCUUCUGCCGCCAUACAAGGUCCUGAUUCUGAGACUCAGUGACUUGUCUUCAGUUACUCAUCUGGUUGUUUCAGCCUCCAACCUCAACGGCAAACAGUUCACAGUGGAGUGCGAGUGGCAGAGACAAGAAUCUCAGACUCUGUCUGUCCCAGUGCCACAUGUCCUGUCCUCCGGCUUCACUGUCAGCGACGUUAUAGUCAACUCCUCUGGACUUCUUCACACCAUCGAGCUGCAGCACUUUCACCAGGUUUAUCAGGCUUUCAGAAUUAGUGUUGCAAGCCAGUGUAAAGUGCAUAAAGACAGACUGCCCAGUGUGUACAGAAUAAAUGUGCCGUGGUUUCGGGAGGACUCUCUAACCACAGUCAGUGUGCCAUCAGUGACGGAGAUCUCAGGGAUGCUCCAUACAAGUCGUCCAGACAACACCUCAGGUGUCCUCCUUCAGCUGCACACUGCCCCCAACUGCCAAUAUAAGGUGUCAGUAAGGACUUCACUACCCAGAGUGCUGGGACAGAUACUGAGGUUCUGUGGUCCCUUGGUGCCGGUGUACACAGCUGUAACCCUCCUCCUGGCCUGUGGGGGGCAGCUGUGCUCUAUCCUGAAGUCAAGGCGACCUGCAGACAUGAGCCAGGUGGUGGGCAAAGGCCUGCAGCCUCAUAAAGUCAAUGUGCCCGUUUAUAUUCUGCACAGCUUGCUUAGUUGUAGCUGGUUUCAAGAGGUCUGGUCAGUUCUUUGCCUCCCCCUGAUGGACACCCUCCCCCCAACCACCCCCGAUGCAACAUUUCAUGAAGGCGUGGUACCAGUUGAAGGGUGGCCUCACCUCCUGUCCCCUCUGCUUUACAUCUUCGGGGCAGCUGUUGCAUACUGGGGCAGCGCACUCUUCCGUCUCUUUAUGGCACUCGUCUCGCUGAUAUUGGCUCCACUGCACAGCAGACCGUCUGUCUCCAGAGACUGUGGCACCUUGCGGCCGCGAACGCAGCUCCUCAUCACUCUGGGUCUGACUGUUGUGGGUGCGACGUCUUGCGGGGGGCUGGCAAUCUUUGCCGCCUUCCUGCUCCACCUGUACAGGGUACUGAGGCUACAGAUGACCGAAAGAUCUUUGAGUCACAUGUUGAAUCUGGCACCCCGGAAGCACAAAGAAACUGAGAACGGCACCGUAGACGCUGAAUGCUUCAGCAAGUCUAAAGAAUGUAACGGCGCCCCCUUGCUGUCUGAGUGUGUUCUGCAGGAGGUGAGGGAUGACUUACAGCUCCACCUCUGCCUGUCGGCGCUCUUCACGCUUCCCGUCAUCCUCAUCGCACCCUCGUUCAUCCACUGGAUCCGCAACCUGAGGUAUUCCACCCAGCUGGAUCCUGACCCUUGUUGGCCACACAUUGUGCCUGUAAUUACUGUGUACAUGCUGCUCAUUAACUGCAACACUUUAAAACUCAGCAGCAGCAAACUUCUGCCUCUGACAUCCUGCCUUCCUCUCCCGUUGGCCGUCGCCAUGGUGACCUUCUCUCCGCUCCACCUCUACAGAGUCACCUACUUCCUGCUGGCGGCACUCGUCCCCCUGGCCUUGUGUUGCCUGCUCUGACGGUAUCUGGCUGGUUUCAGUCCACAUCUCUACCGUAAAAAGCCUUUCUCUGAAGUACAGUUCUACUCACUGAUGCUGGUUGAGGCCGAUUGGUCCUGGGAAGACUUAGUCUGUCCAGCUGCCAUGGAGCAGAGCCAUAGACAUACAUAGCUUGGGGAACUGUCUGCUCAAUGUUGGCGCUAAAAGCUCCGCGGCAAUUACGCUAUGAUUUAAAAUGAGAGGAUGUGAUGGCCUUGGAACAUUUAGUGCAAAUAUGGCUCCGAAGGAUUGACCUGAAACCAAGUUUGCCUUACUCUGUAUAUCUAUAGCUCUGCCUUCAGGGAGCAAGAACUCCACAACCAGUGAAGCUACUUUUACUAGAAAUCCACAACAGGGUGUUACUUUUGUUUCUCUUCUUUCUAGUGUCCUCAGUGCGGUCACUGUGCUGUGAACUCCUACACUGCCUACUGCUUAGCCAUGACGUCUAGUUGUUUGCUGUCUUUACCUGUUACCUGUAAGACGCUGCCGCUGUCUUACGCUCAACUAACUCGAAUGGAAGCUGUCUCUGUCUGUCUGUGGUGUGUGUCUGUCUGUCCUUCCGCGGCUGUUCAUGCGCUCAUGCUUGGCGGACGUGUUGCUGAGGAAGGAGGAGCAGUGUUGAGUGUGAGCUCUUGAGAUCUGCAGGAUAUAGUUAUUAUUUGUUACUACAGGACCCCGAGUAACUGUUACGAACAGCAUGCUGGGUACAGCUUGCUCCCCGUCGCUCGCAACACCAGCCCUCAGGAAGCUUGAGAACGUCACGUGAUGCACACGGCUCGAAAAAGCAUAAGCUUGCGUUGUGACGGAAGUGGCUGCAACACAGCAGAUAUUUAUUUUUUGAGCAUCACGCCGCCCGUGAAAUGAUCACUCGGAUCAGAAUUUGAUCAGUUCGGGCCGAUAACGUUUGGAAAGUCAAGAAGAGCCACACGAUUAAAUCACUUUAUCCACAUGACAGUCAGCUGAGGGCUGAAUCCCAGGUGGAGCCCCGCCUCCAUCGCUGUAUCCAGCUCUAAUCCUUUUACUCUCCUUUUGUUCCCUGAAAUAGUCUGAACCCAAAGAGCUAGCUGUUAGCAAUGACAGCAGCCUGCUGAUUAUCUCACGCUCUUCUUUUGAACACUUAAAACUCUAAAGUGAUCACGUUCACGUUCUCUCUUAUUCACGCUUUGAUACAGAACAACGACAGAUGCAGCGAGACGAAGGUUUGCACUGUUUGGAAUCUGUCUCGUAUUAUUCAGAAGAAGAAAAUUAUGAUCUAGUCCAUGUCCAUUUGGAGGUGGGACAUAAAUCUGUGGCUUGUUUAGUCCAUUUUGUUGUUCCUGCGUCGCCGUGUGAGAAUAACCUUUCAUUCAUUUACGCAGACGACGGCGACUGUUACAUGCGAGUUUGAUCCGGUGACCUCGGCGUCAGAAGCGCCUUAAUGUGCAGGUGUUGACCGGUUAAAUGCGGUUACAGCAGACGUUAACGAGGUGAUUGUGGGAUAAAUAUGCUCAACAGACAGAUCAAUGCUCAUCGAGUUGUCACAGACUAAAACUACAGACUAAACUCGGUCGCUGGUGGUUUGAAGCUUCAGAAGCUUUGACUGCAAAGUUUAGAUUUAUGUCCAGUGAAGCAUUAUGGGAUGUCUGUUAAGUAUUGCCGCUGAUACACAUAUACAGUGUGACUCCAUCGCACUGCUGCAGGACCGGAGCGAGUAAGAGAAAAGUAUUUCAUGGUUAGCUGCUGUUUAUUAAAGCACGGCUAGUUAUCCCAACAACACGUGUACAGUGAAUAUUUCCGAACAAGGAGCUCAACACCUUUUGUCUUACUUUUGUCUUUGUUUAUUUUAAAUACCUCGUGUCAGCCACACAUGGAGACGUUCAUCUGGCCUCGUCAAUGUUUCGUCUUAAUAUGUGAGAACACUCGGAUUUCUUGUGGUUUCAACCUUUUUCAGAGCAGCUUGAAACUCGAGGCUGGAGUUGUUCUGUGUUUUUCUUCCUGUCAACAAAACGCCAACAGUUAAACUGCUCACAAAUAUAAAAAAAUAAGGCUCAAUAAUUUCCUUAAACAGCUGCUGGAACCAGUGUUACUCAAACGGGAGUAAAUAGGGCGUUAAUUGGAGACUAUUUUAAGAGGCAGAUUAAUCCACAUCUGGUGCUCUAGUGAGUUUUUGUGAUAGCAGGGACUGUGUGUGUGUGUGUGUGUGUGCGCGUGUGUGUGUGCGGAUCUGAGUCAAAAUAAACUACAGUGUGUGUGUGUUCAUGUUAAUGAAGGAACAUGUCAGCCGAGCAACACAGUGACUCAUCGAUGUGUUUUUAAUGGUUUUUGAUGGAGCUCUCUGUCAGGCUGAGACACACACACACACACACACACACACAGAGCACAUGUUAGCAUGUUAGCAGGAAACAUUCACUGUUGGUUUUGGUCUGUUGACAGUAAGAAAUGCAGAAUAUGACCAGACUUCAUCCUGUAAUGCAAAGUGUUGGAAUAUUGAAGUGGAAGGAACAGGAUUUCUGCGACCACGUUUGCUUCAAAGCGUCACUUUAAAUGUCGUGAUAAACUGUUUCCUGUGUGUUUGAGUGUGUGAUGUGUUGUUUCGACGUGCGGGCUCAACAUUUUGCAGCUUUUUGACUUCAUCUUUUUGUUGCCAAUUAUUUUUUUAACUGUUAUAGUCACAUGGAUGCUGUUAGAGCUUCACGAUGAAGUUUUAUGAAUCCACGUAAUGAAGAAAAGAUCAACCAGUGAGUAGUGAUCUACAGUAUCUGUGUGUUACCUGACGGGUCAUGUACCACAGCUGUACCAGACUUCCAUUUAAAACGUGUCUGUUUUUGCCUUUAAUGUCUUUAAAGUUGUGUCCUGCUGCUUCGUCUUGCACCCUCCUGCUGUUGCUCACACCCGUCGCGUCAGUGAAGCAGCUGCUGUGCCUUCCUGCUUCCUCGCGUGUGCAGAGAUUCAUCUGUUUCACACCUGCCUGUCAGUUUAAAACCAUUCAGUCCUCAGCAGCAGCAGCAGCAGCGUCUCGGCUCAAUGAUAAAAGCCCAGUGAAUGUGUCCAAGUGUACUUCACCCGCUCAGUAUUCCUCUGACACGGUGGUUUGAUUUUAGAUUUGUGCGACUUUAUAAUAACUGGAUACUAAAGAUGAGUUCGUUAGGGACCAAUCGCUCUUUGAAGCAAACACACAAUCACACAAAGUGAACACACUCUGCAAAGACACCGCUGUCGUGCCCAACGUGAAUGUACCUGCGCUGAAUGUGUCCACGUGUGUCAGUUUCUAUAGUUACCGGUGGUGUAAGUGGUCAGCUUUUCUGUUGCGUUUGUCGGUUCGGUGCAGUUUUAGCGCUUUGAGAUGCACAUGUCUGCCUCGUCGUGAAUUGGUGGCGCUCACUACUUUGUAGAACAAACUAGAAGAGAUGAGAGUUACGUUUUCUAUGAAUAUAAGUGUGAUUUAUAUCGGUGUUCACUGUGAUCAUGUCGUAGUUCCAGAUGUGCACACGAGGGUUUUCGACGCUUUGAUUUUCUCGGACGAGACGAUGGUUGGAUCAUUUAAAAUGAGGCGCAGGGAAGCAAAUUCUUCAUCUCGUGAACACUCGAUCUUGAAUGCUGCCAUUUUUCAAACCGGUUGAACAGACUGUGGAGCUGUUGCUCUCUCGUUGUAGUGCAGCUUUGAAAAAUGUCUCCGUCUGCCAUCCACAGUUUUCACUUAUUUUAUAUCCGGUAGUUCUUUACAAGUAAACGCAUUCUUUCUCCACUUUAACGUUAUUGUCUGGAAUUCUCUCUGUUAAAACGCUUCUGGUUGUGUGUAAGAUUAAGUUGAGUCAACAUGUGGAAUUAGUGGAAAUGGAAUAAAGUGUAAGUUGGUAAAAUAGCAUCAUUUUAAAGAAGAAGAGCCGUCUGUAACUUAAAGAUCCCCUCCAGACGUGUUUAAGAUGCAUAUAAAACACUGUAUUUGACUAAUAAUGUGUUUCUGAUACGAGUUUUCCACAAAAAAAAUUCUACUCCUUCUCCCCUUAUUAAAAAAAAUCUAUGAUAAUGCAAAUGUGUAACAUUUCAAAAACUUCACAUGAGAUGUUUCGUACUUUACUGACAAGCCCAGUCUGAGUGUUCGUGCAUUGGAGGCUUAAUAAGUCGAGCAUCAAAACAGGAUCGGCUUCAAAAGUAUUUGUGAUGUCACUAACAUGCUCUUAGCCCCGCCUCUUAAAAUCACAUUUCCAGUUAACGCAGAGAAAAUGGACUCUUUCAGCAGGUGAAGGUGCAUCAUUCUCAGCUGAGGGGGGGACUUUAAACUGAUGAUCUCAGAUGCAAAAGAUUUUAAACUCAAGUGUUUGUCAUGGCGACUUUGCUUUGUGUCAAAAAUGAGUCGGACCGUGAAGUGUUACCGUGACGGUUUUCUAACAUCCUGAAUGUCAUUGAAGCGAUUCUCUCAUAGUCGGUGAUCCCUCAGGCUGUUUUCUGGUAUCUUAUUUGAUCAUUUUAUCACUCAAAUGUACAUUCACUAACGCAGCAGACUGGAUGAUCGGAAAAAUGAAAUAUUCUACGGACUUUUUAACUUUCAAAUUAAAGCACAGCAACAGAAAUGUGUCAUGUGUCAAACGCUGUGCAGCUGCCCAAAGCUGAAGCUGCUUUUAUGAAUAAUCAACCAACUAAACAAAGAGUAGGUUCAGAGUUGAUCCGUCAAACCAAACUCCUUUAUCAAAUCCAGCGUUUUAACAGAUGACAUUUUUGCGCUGCGUAAUGUGCUUCUGCUGCAGGUUUGACUCGGCACGUGCAUCUUACAUGAAGGUAAACUGCAGUAAAAUACCGCAGUGAUACAUCCUUCACAGAAAUGACUCAAAAUGAAAACCAACAUUGGCCUCUAUGACACAAAACAAAGCUUGUCAUUGCUGAAAAGUUAGUGUCGGUAGUGUUGCUCCAGCUGUUUGUGUUCAUUAUGAGUUUCCUUCCCUGUAAUGAAAAAUGUCAUUUAAUCUGAUCUUUUUCCUUUUUUUUUUUUUUUUUUUUGGCAGUGUGGAGAUAAACAUGUUAUUAAAUGUUACAACUGUCUUUAAGUGCUUUAAAGUCUGGUAAACCUUUCAGUUUCCUUCAUUCUGCUUCUGCCUAGAGUGACUUUAAAACCUGUAACCUCCUGCUAGCUGGUCCCUGUUGUGCAGAACUAGUUAGUCCUCUUGUUAAUAAAGUGUACCGGGCAGUUCGGUGGAAGAGGGCACUUUCUUUUAUUUACAUUUCCUGGUGAGGCUCUAGUGUGGAAUAGUAUUUUCUCCUCAGGUUUAAGCGUUAUUGUGUCAAAAUGGAUUGCUUUGAUGUUUUUAUAUUUCUCACAUUUUUAUCUAAUGUCAUUGUAAAUGGGCAAACUGUGCAAUUUUUGGCACCAUUGUUGUUGCAAUAAA